CUCAAUGGCGCCACCCCGCGGAGCCCCAAGACGCCCCCAAGGGGACCCCAAGUAAGUAACCAUUUGGGCUCAAGCCGCUCUGGCGGAAGUCCUUGGGUACCGCGCCUUGCUCCCACACUACAUACUGCAAUCUCACCACGGGCGGCGUAUCGCGACUGUACUCCCGCCAUGCGUUUGCUGCUCGCGCUGUCAGCUGCCUGCUCAUCCACGGCGUUGCAUGUUCAAACUGGCCAUGGGCAAACUGAACGCUGCCCAGCGGAGGCUACCAUCAAGGGCGCACGCUUGCAUGAAAUGGAGGCUGCUGCCGAGUGCGCGUACACCCAACGCUUGAGCGUGACGCUAGAUUCGCUGCGAAAGGACGACGCCGCCUCGUGGCGCAAGAAGCUUGAAGAGACAGGCCAUGUCAUAGACACGUUCCUGGCGCCUAGGUUUGACUGGGAGGUUGAGUCUGAGCCGUAUCCAUGGCAGGAUUUCGACCUCUCUCCCAGUUUCGUCCUGCGGCGCAAUCUUGAUGCCGCUGUGCAAAACAUCUCGCGGGUCCUUGCGUCAAAGCAGUUUCCGCCCACUUGCCGUCAGCAACGCAUGCUUGCAAUCAGCGACCCUGCCCGCUUUCUAGGGUCUUUCGCGGCCUCGUUGCUUUGGGAUUUCAAUAUGUUUGAGACGCUAUUGGAGCACAAAGGCAGCCCAAUCCUGGGCAUCUACAACAGUGAGGAAUGGGUGCUUGAGCCCCGCGACAGGACCUUCUGUGACGCGCCAGCCCCCAGCGGUACUGGCCCGCAGAAUCGCUGGCUUUGUUUCUUCUUACCCCUAACAAAUUGUUCAGUCGAGGGGGACGUCUUACCCAUGGCUGCCAGUGACCAGAAGGUCGGUCUCCUCGUCAAUGCUGCCGAUGGCCUUCCAUCCACUCCGGCCAUAACGUGGCGGGACAUGAUGGAGCACUAUUCAUUGAGUGAGAAGCAAGAGGAACAACCAGAGAUAGCCGCCGAUGAUCUCGGGCAGAUGGGAGGAUUCAUCGAUACGUUGCAUGCGCAUCUCGGGAAGGAUGAAGAAGGCCUGGGUGCAGUCCAGGCGUUUGAGCAGCCCGCGAUGCGGGCAGCCUUCCUGGCACGAAACGUGUUGUACCGUCGAAACUAUCGUCUCCGCUCCCUUGUUGCACAGGAGGUGGCAAAACACCCGAAGCUUGAAGAGGUUGUUGAGGGCAAGACAGAUUGCAUCGGCGUGCACAUGCGCCGGGGUGACAAGGUGGACGACGCCUAUUAUCGAAGUUUGGCGGAUCCUCACAAUCCAGCCUAUUGGCAGGCACCUGGCUUCAAUCGUACAUUGGAUGAAGUGAUCGAUAUCGCAGCCUCUCUUGAGACGACAGUCUUAUCAGACACACCGUCGCGUAGAGCGAAGAUCUUCAUUGCAUCUGACAGCGGGUCGUUUGUGCAGGAGCACUUGGAGCAUGCAAAUGCUAGCCUCCGCAAGCAAGUGCUGAGUCUUGGUGGUCAAGACAACCCGUUCGAGACGAAGGACUCUCGCUUGCACGAGCUGGCAGUGUAUUGGGCGUCUCAGGACAUUGCUGCGACGUGCAAGGGGCUUGUCAUCAAUACAGACAGCAAGACCUCACUCGUAUUUAAAUGGAUGGCGUGCAGCAAGCAAUCGCAUUGUCCGUUUGUCAAGGAUACUGCGCAAGCCCGCCCCCAAGAAGAGAUAGACGCUGCAAUGAAAGCGUGGGACAACGGAGACCGCCCUGAAGGUUACAAACAGCGCUGCACGAGCAGUCGCCUGCUCGGGCUGAAGUCGGGCGAUCGUUUCCGUCAGCAGCUUUGGCAAUAGAGUUGGCGCAGGCUCUUGCGUACGAAUAACAAAGAGACGAGCCCAGGAAGGCCGGGAGGAGGACGAGGACUGGUGUCAACCCCGGAUGCGUCAACGAUGCUAUGAUACACUUUCCCUUCCGAGGUCCCCUUCUCAUGAGUUCCUACAUGUACUUGCUUCCAGUGUGGGCGAAUUUGCGCAAGAGAUGACAUUUCUGUAUGGAACGAUUGGAUCUCGCACAACCUCCCUAUCCUCAUGCCUCAC